CCCGCCCCCUGAGUGCGUUGCCCCGCCCCUCGGCCGCGCUGUUCGCGAUCUCGGCGGCGAGCCGGGAGUUCGGGGUUGCUCUCCAAGAUGGCGCGCGUGCUGAAGGCGGCUGCGAGUGCGGCAGGGCUCUUGUGCAGACGGCUGCCCCCGGCCCCGGCCGUGAGAACACACUCCACAUCACAGUUCUCUCACCAAGUGGCGCCUUCCCUGUGGAAGCUGGGCCGACUCAAUCAUGUUGCCAUCGCCGUGCCCGACUUGGAAAGAGCCAAGGCAUUUUACCAGAAUGUUCUGGGCGCUGAGGUGAGCGAGGCCGUUCCCCUGCCCGAGCACGGCGUGUCUGUCGUGUUCGUCAGCCUGGGCAACACCAAGAUGGAGCUGCUGCACCCGCUGGGGAUGGACAGCCCCAUCGAAGGCUUCCUGCGGAAGAACAAGGUGGGGGGCAUCCACCACGUCUGUAUCGAGGUGGACGAUAUCAAUGCAGCCGUGCUCGACCUGAAAAAAAAGAAGAUCCGGAUUCUGAGUGAAGAGGCCAAAAUUGGAGCCCACGGGAAGCCUGUGAUCUUUCUGCACCCCAAAGACUGUGGGGGUGUCCUGGUGGAGCUGGAGCAGGCGUGAUGCCUGUCUGCGUCCAUCACAGACACAGGCACGGGACGCUGUAGGCCUGGGAGCAACGCCAAGGGCUCCCCUAUGAGACAAUAAAACGUGGGCGUCUCCAGUGGUCCCCGAUAUCACUCCUAGCUUUUCUCCAAGAAUCUGAAGUCACUAGUUUCGUUCUGGGUGUUGGGUUUUACCCUGGUGCUUGGGGGUUGCUGCGAGCAGGCUCCGGGGGCUGGGCCCGGGGCUCCCCGUGCGUGUCAGACGCCGCAGCCCUUUGAGUUUCUCCUGGCUCGAGGCCUGGAGAGUCCGCACACUGCUGCAUCAAAGGAGCACCAGGGACUCUGCAGACGGAGGGGUGGCCCUCGGGCGCCGGCCUGGGGGAAGACACGAGGGAGACUUAGUGGGGAAAGCGGGAGGCUCUCCGGGUGAUCGCUCCUGCAGAAUUGCGGCACAGUGGUUCCCAGAGUGCAGAGUCCUGCAGGAACACGGGGCGAGGGGCUGGGGUCACAGGCAUGGCACUAGCGCUUGGUGGGGGUCCACUUGGUCUUGUGCCCAGACAGACAGAGCUGUACCCAAGAUUUAGGUAGCAUUGCAAUCAAUAAAACUUGAAUGUUUGGUUCUAUCGUAUAUUUCCCGCUUUGGGGAAAACAGAUUUCUGAGCACUUUGAGAGCAUUAUCAAAUCAUGAGCAUUAUGAAAAUAAACUUUCCUGUUCAAGCCAA